GAGCAGAGAAAGUAACCUAAAAUCUGUAACAUUUAACUGUCAACGUAUCGACAUGUUGCAUUAGUUGCAUUCCAGUAUUACUAUACAUUUUGAAAACAUUCGGCAAGUUGCAAUUAUACGAUCCAUGCACAUCGUAGAUAUCGAUUAUUACCGAUAAUCGCAAUUUUAUCGAAAUUGUGUUAUAAGAUAGAAGCGAGUAAGGUCAAUAUAAGCAAAUAAUUUUUUUUUGAGAUCACGCUUUGGUCUUAAUAAUUGAUAGUUCUAUGGCGUCUUUAAAAAUUGAACCUAGUGCUGACACGUGUUUAUACAUAUUUAAAUAAAAAAAUUAUUAUAUUUAUAAUAUUUAAUUUUAAAAGUAAUUUUUUGAAAAUGAUCGUCGACGACAUUAAUGAAUGUGUAUUAAAAUUAAUAAAAGAUAUUCAUUACGGAGAUAUCAAAGGAGCUUACAAUAUUGUUAGUGCUACUGUUUCUGUUCUGAAAGAUAUUAUCAGUCAUUCAAAAUGGGAUACUGCAAAAGAUUUAAUGGAUAUUAUUACAAAAAAUGGAAAAUAUUUGAUCGAAUCAGUUCCACUUGAAGCUUCAAUCGGAAAUAUGGUAAGACGUAUAUUACUGAUAAUUAGGGAAGAAUAUAGAUCAGAGCUUAAAAAUAGAACAGAAGAAACGGAUCCUCAAGAAUCAUUACAUAAAAUUCUUACGGCUGAGCGUGAUCAAGACACUAAUUAUGAUAUUUUAGUGCUUUCUCUUAAAUCAGCUCUUAUCGAACAUAUAAAUGAAUUUGAGGUGGAACUAGAAACAUGUUCAGAAAAUAUUACACACCAAGCUUCAGAACACAUUCAUUCCAAUGAGAUUAUAAUGACUAUUGGCAAAUCAAAUUUAGUUGAAAAGUUCUUUGAGAAAGCUGCUACAACAAGAGCUUUUGAAGUUAUAGUGGCUGAAGGAGGUCCAUCUUUAAGUGGUCAUGAAAUGGCAGUUAACCUUGCAAAAGCUAAAAUUAAAACUACUUUAAUAUCAGAUGUAGCAAUUUUUGCAAUGAUGUCACGUGUAAAUAAAGUAAUCAUUGGUACUCAUACUGUCAUGGCUAAUGGAGGAUUAAGGGCAAUUUCUGGUUCGCAUACAGUUGCACAGGCUGCAAAGCAUUAUUCUGUACCUGUAAUGGUGUUACUACCUUUAUAUAAACUUUCACCACUUUAUUUAUGCUCACAUGAACAGGAUGGAUUUAAUCAACAUAUUUCUCCUACGCAAGGUGUAUUAGGUGGUUCUAAUGAACCUCUCAUGGAAAGAAUUCAUGCUUAUAAUCCGAUGUUUGAUUAUGUACCUCCUGAUCUUGUUACAUUAUUUAUCUCCAAUACAGGUGGAAAUGCACCAUCAUAUAUUUAUAGAUUACUUAGUGAGCUUUAUCACCCAGAUGAUUAUGAACUAUAACUUUACAGUAAUUUAGAAUAUUAUAAUAACAAGAAUGAGUUAAAUUACUCGUGAAUCAUUAAGGCAAUUUUUACAGAAAUGUUAAAUCUAAAAUUUAUAUAAAACGCAUAAGAGAGAUUCUUUUAUAAAAGUGAUUAUAAAACGCAUUGUCCUAAAUAGAGGAUUUUUAUAUAGAUAUAAUCUGCCUUUAUACUAAUGUAAACAAUUUUAAUUUUAUCAAAAGAUACUGAAAUGGAUAUGCAGUAGAAUAUAUCCUAAAACGAUGUAUUUAUAUUACAAUGAUAUAAAGUUUUUUAACAAUCAUAUAUAUAUAUAUAUGUGUGUGUGUGCUAUACAUAUGAAUUCCAAUUACUUCCAUCUUCAGGUUGCAAAGAAUUGGUAACCAGUAAAAUAACAUCAACAAUCCACCAUACUCCAACACCACCUACUGUUAACAAUUUACCCACUGCAGUUCCUGUUUGACCGAGACAAAAUCGA